GAACACCAGUGCCAUUUUAAAGCUUAUUGGAUGAAACUCUCAUUUGCCCUUGGCUGCCAAAGAUGACGUUGCCAUGGAAACAGCUUCUACUGUUAUCAAUCAUCGACUGUCUGGCAGAUUGCCUGGACAGUGGAUCGUAUCAUGGUCCAAGAUGGAGGAUGGAGCCAGGUGACUUGUUUAUUCCUGUCGACUCUAUAGAAGAGGAAGCUACUUUGACUUGUGAUGCUAAGGGAAUACCCCCACCUCAGUACAGAUGGUCAUUGAAUGGGACUCUCAUAAAUCUGGGCCUGGAUCGCCGGCGGCGUCUGUCUGGGGGCAACCUCAUUAUAAGCAGUCUGGACCGCUACCAGGAUGUAGGGAUGUACCAGUGUAUGGCGUUCAACACUGUGGGAGCCAUCCUCAGCAGGAGAGCCAGUCUGCAGUUUGCCUACUUAGAUCAUUUCAAAGUCCACACCAGAAGCGCAGUGUCUGUGAGAGAGGGACAGGGAGUGGUGUUACUUUGUGGAACGCCCACUUCCUCAGGAGAUCUCACAUAUGCAUGGGUCUUCAAUGAGUACCCAUACUUUGUUCAACAAGACAAUCGCCGCUUCGUCUCUCAGCAGACGGGAAACCUUUAUAUUGCCAAGGUGGAGCCCUCUGAUGUGGGUAACUACACCUGUGUGGUGAUGAACAGCAUCACAAAGGGCAAAGUCCAAAGCUCUCCCACGUCUCUGAUCCUCCGGACAGAUGGAGUGAUGGGUGAAUAUGAGCCGAAAAUAGAAGUUAAUUUCCCAGACAAUGUACCCGCUGCAAAAGGAUCAACAGUUACGCUGGAAUGUUUCGCCCUUGGGAACCCCGUCCCAGAAAUCACCUGGAAGAGAGCUAACGGCGUUCCCUUCCCCAGCAAAGUGAAAAUGAAGUACUCCAAUGCUGUUCUGGAGAUCCCUAGUUUCCAGCAGGAUGACACCGGAGGAUAUGAGUGUGUGGCUGAGAACAAGAUGGGCAAGAACACAGCCACGGGGAGACUGGCCUUCUAUGCCAAGCCUCAGUGGAUCCAGGCCAUGAAGGACACGGCACUGGCCAUCGAGGAGAGACUGUACUGGGAGUGCCGGGCCAAUGGGAAGCCCAAACCCUCCUACACGUGGCUGAAGAACGGCCAACAGCUACUCUCAGAGGACAGAAUCCAUGUGGAGGAUGGAGUCCUGACGGUGUCAGUGCUGACACUCGCUGACGCCGGCAUGUACCAGUGUGUGGCCGAGAAUAAACACGGCGUUAUAUAUUUCGCUGCUGAACUAAUGGUUUUAGCCUCUCCUCCAGACUUCACAGGGAACGUCCUCAGAGCUUUGCUCAAAGCCAAGGCAGGAACUACAGUGACUUUAGAGUGUAAACCCCAGGCCUAUCCUAUCGCCAGCAUCCUAUGGAAGAAAGGAAACCUGCCUAUCCACACCAAUGACAGGAUCUCACUUUCCCCCGAUGGAACACUGAGGCUUGCCAACGUGAGCAAGUCUGAUGCAGGCAGCUAUACGUGCUUCGCCCGGAAUAGAUUUGGCAUGUCUAGUACAACUGGAAGGCUCCUAGUAACUGAUCCAACCAGAAUCAUCCAGGGGCCAGUGGACAUGGAGAUCAUUGUGGGCGAGAGCAUCGUGUUACCUUGUCAGGUCACCAGUGACCCCGUCCUUGACGUUUCAUUCUCCUGGGCCUUCAACGGACAGCUCAUUGCCAAGGGAGACGGUCACUUUGAGCUGGUGGGCGGGAGAACAGCAGGAGAUCUGAUGAUCAGGAACAUUCAGCUUUACCAUGCCGGCAAAUAUAUCUGUGUGGUGGACACGGACGUGGAGAGCCUGUCAGCCGUGGCUGUAUUGAUCGUUAAAGGCCCCCCCAGCCCCCCAGACUCUGUGACAGUUGAGGAGGUGACAGACAGUACAGCCCAGCUCGCGUGGAGCCCCGGAAGAGACAACGGCAGCCCCAUCACCAAUUACCUCAUCCAGACCAGGACUCCCUUCACUGUGGGCUGGCAGAGGGUUAACACAGUCCCUGAGAUAAUCGAUGGAAACACAGUCACAGCCACUAUAGUGGACCUUAAUGCCUGGGUGGAAUAUGAGUUUCGGGUGUUGGCCAGAAACAGUGUGGGUGUUGGAGAACCCAGCCCUGUGUCAGUCAAGACAAGGACAGAGGACGCAGUUCCUGAUGCAGCGCCAGGUGACGUGGGUGGUGGAGGUGGAAGCAGAUCUGAGCUGGUCAUCACAUGGGAGCCUGUCCCCGAAGAACUACAGAAUGGUGAGAGCUUUGGUUACAUCAUUGCUUUCCGCGCCUUUGGAGAUGUAAGCUGGACUCACGUGGCCACCUCUGCGCCCGGUGCGGCUCGCUACGUGUACCGCAACGACAGCAUUGCGCCCUUCUCUCCUUUUCAUGUGAAGGUUGGCACUUACAACAGCAAAGGACAGGGUCCCUUUAGCCCUGUGGUCACCAUCUACUCUGCAGAGAUAGAGCCAAGUGGGAUGCCAGCGGGAGUUUGGGCCAGAAGUGUCUCAGCCUCAGAGAUUGAGGUGAAUUGGCAGGCUCUCUCCUUCACCCCUGAAAGGGUUCUGGGCUAUGAGGUGGUGUACUGGGAAGACGACACUAAACCUGAAACCAUGGGGAAGGUUAGGGUGCCCUGGAACCAGACGUCGGUCACAGUGAGCGGCUUGGCGGGAACCACGCAGUACUUUCUGACAGUCAGUGCCUUCAACACAGCUGGCACCGGCCCCUUCCUCCCCGCAAUCAAUGUCACCACCAAAAAGCCACCCCCAGCGCAGCCCCCACUGAAUGUAGAAUGGACCCUUGUUGGUUCUCAGCUUUCUCUCUUCUGGGAGCCUGUGGUGGCGAUGGAAUCUGAGUCAGAAGUUACAGGAUACCAAUUGUCAUACAGGAGACAGAGACACAAUGAGGUGAACACUCUCAAAACAGCCAACUCAAGCGAGCUGACUCUCCCUGAAGAAGAUGACGAGUACAUCAUCCACAUUCGGACACUGAGUGAAGGAGGGCUCGGCCCGGCCUCCGAUCCUAUACGAAUCCACCAACUAAGUAUGAGUGCCCGUGGAUCAAGAGCCUGGAGCGUGGACAUCUGCCCCCUCUCCAUUUUCCUUGCCGUCGCAAUAUCAGCAUUCAGGUCAACGUCGUGACACAAUGAGAAACUGUUUUUCAACCUUCCUAUUGGUAUUUUUUCUUGAAUUGGUGAAAGUUGCUGAUUUUUUUUCUUUCCAGUUUUUUUUUUGGAGGCGAUAAUAUAGUAUUUGAAGGUGUAAGUUUGCGGGUAUGAGGCAGCACAAGUGUGGAGCGUGCUGUCAGACCUUAUUAUUAACGGUAAACGCUUGAGCUUUUUUUUUUUUUUUUUUUUUUUUUUUUAAUAGGUCUGUUUUGACAUAUCUGCCGGUUGGGAACGAUGCUCCAUUUCAGCCCUUUUUUUUCGAAUGAUACAGAUGCCUUACUUCCAUUCAUGUGCCAAAGUAGUUUCAGCCUUCUUGUUGUAAUUGCAAAUAGCUACAUGCUUUCUUCAUCAUUUUAUUCCUCACAGUUUCUUAUCAGUGAAUGUCUCAGAGAAUCUUGCAGAGGGUGAAGUUAAGAAGUUGUAUUUUGGAAUAUUUCUCCUUUUUUUCCUCUCCACGUCUGAUUUGGCGAGUCGGAAAACAUGUUCAUUCACCCGUGCCUGUGCCUUUGAAGAUGCUUGUAACGCCAUCACUUAUAGACACUAGUCCAUGAUACUUGGUGUUUCGAAAAAUACUGCAGCCAACUUUCUUCUUUAUGUGUUUCUUUAAUAGUUGGUUGUGUCCAAGUAGAGACUCGUAAAAAAAAAAAGAAAAAAAAAAGCUCACAGUGCCAGUGUUUGCCACUUUUAUCUUUUGAUAGUGGAGAGCUGAAUGUACCAUGAGGGCUCCUACAGCUUUUUAGGCCUCAGACUGGUUAUUGUGAUAGGUUGUUGAUUGAUAGAUCUGACUUUACACUGCAUUCACACUGCUGGCAUCUGUCUGCACACAGCAGUAGUGGGAGAGUAAUACAACUGAGAGUAUUUCUUUCAACACAAUAUUCUUGAACCAUCAAUCGACAGAAAAUAAUACGACAACAAAUUAAGUCAAUAAUCAAGGGGCAAAAACAUUCUCAACAAGGUGGAUGUUUUGCAUGUUAUUGUCACUAAUCAUUUUGCCUCCAAAGAAUCCCAUUCAUACAUCUUACCACUGCCACAUCCCCACAGACUAACGAUAUCAGUUAUUCAGUUUCCUAUGUUACUUGUUUGAUCUCACCUUUCCUAUGGCAUGAAAUAUAAAGUACAGUUUGAUAAUAAGAUCGCAAACCACUUUCAUAUCUGUGCAUUCAUCCUGGAGCAGGUAUCAGUAGUCGGUGCUUUGCAUUAAAAGACCGGAAGCAGGUAAUCUAGCUAGUCUGACUCUGUCUAGAAGUUCACAAAUGGAUCAGCAGUCAUCUUUAAAAUCAAUAUUCAAUACUCGUAUCUUGUUUCUUUGAUCUGUAAGUCGCCAUUAUACUUCAUCAGAAGUGUGUGUUGGGUGGUCAAACUGCUUCGGUUUAAAUAUUUUUGUAACUUUCCUAAAAAAGACAAUCAGACCAUCACAGCCAGUUUAAGCCAUGAUUGUUGGACAGGUGUGUUGAUGUGAGAGAGUUAACAGGGAUAUAACCACCUCCUUAUGCUCACUCAUGUAUUUCUUACAUAAGCAUAGUUUAAUAAUACCUUUCAUUGAUAACCCUCUGUUGUGGCUUCUGGAAUCGUCUAAAAAUCUCACCGUCCAAUAUCAUCUUAGUCUACAAACUGCUUAUUUUUACCUUAACCUGGUCCUAAGUCUUCUCGGUUGAUGCACAGACAUGAGACAAGUCAGAUCCUAGUGUAAAAUAAAGUGGAUAAAAGCAGUUUAAUCUUUGAUUUCAGUCAUUUUUAGCCAUUGGAAACGAUAGUCUGACAACAUAAAAUGGGCUCAUUUACUAGCUGAAGUCUGAGCUUUCAACCUCAUCAGCAUCAGUAAAUUGAGUUUGUAAUGGAUAACAAUGUUUCAUGCUUUACUCUCAACAACUCCAACACAACUGUGUGUGCAAACAUCAUAACCUGAUGGAAAAUGGAAAGAUAAUCAGAAUCAGAAUGUUAAAUUCAGAUUGAGUUGAGAUUUCUUUUGGCCAAGCAAUUUAUUUAAGUGUGUGCAUAUUUUUUAUAAUAGCAAAUAAAGAGGAGUGUGACGAAUGUCAUGUUAUCUGUCCAAUUACCAAACAACAACAUGCCAUCCAAUAAGAAUCAAGAAUUCUCUUUGACAUAGUAUAUUAUCUUUUGUUUGUUUUUAGCAGUUGUUGGUUAGAUUGAAAAAAGACACUCUAAUAGAAAAAAUCGAUAUUUUCUCCAUUUGAAUUGCUAGAUCGACUUGUAAUGAUUAUUGGCAGUUUCAGUCUACAUCCAUCUGAGCAACACCCUAGUUAAUGUGCAUCAUCAGCCAUUGCAGUCGAGACAAGAGGCUUAAAGCGCUGCCAAUUGUGCCAGCCGGAUAAUUGAAAUUUAGCCACCAGCUUAGACAUUAUUUGGCAAAAUGUUGGGUCAGCUGUGUUUUAAUACUUUGUGAAUCUGUCCUUUCUUGUCAGUUGUAUUGGCUUUUCUUAUGUGCUAUGUGUUGUCAUUGUUUAUUUAUGUAUUUCAGUGAAACCCCACUGCUCAGGUAUUCAGACCUGCUUCACUCUACUGUUCGAUAGCCCUACAGAGGUCAGAGCAGAUAGACCACAAAUCUGUCGGUGCACGCCCUAAGGGUCUAUUUAACCGUCUGACUUGACGAAUAGAAAGCCUGAAAUGUGCCAUGAUUAAGCAGACAUUAAAAUAUCUUAGUAAAUUAGAGGUAGCCUGAGGGGCUUCUAUGGGAAAGGGCAUAGGAGUAAUGGUACUAAUGACGCCCACCCAAGAUUAAUACAUCAGGAUUUAGGAAAGACUAAAUCAGGACAAUGUCAUCGAGAUGAAACCAGGCAGAUUUAAGGAUGUGUGUGUGUGCACACGUGUGGUGUGUCAUAGAAAACUGUCUUCAACAGGAUGAUUCUGCUAUUUAGGGGGAAAAAAGCUUAAAUGCAUUUUUUGUAAUUGAACAUGUUGAGGGCUUUGAGUUUCUAACCAUGCUCAGACAUUGAAAGGAGUUACACAAGGUUAAUAUUGGCGGUAGAUAAAAUAAGUUUAGGUUAAAAUGCUGUUUUUCUAUGAAAUUAUCAUAGAUUGCAAGUGCAAAGGAAACAGAGGACAAACGCUCCAGAAUCCAAGGCCAGGUCAGGUGCACUUUGCAGAGUACAGUUUGCAUCCGAUAAAAGGUUGUCCUCCACGAAAUGUUAAUAACUGUCUGAAAGCAGUCUUUGAAUCUUGUUUUUGUGGCUUUACUUGUGGUUAAUCUGUACUCAUUCUUUCAUCACAGAAUGUCAUUGUUAAGCUAACAAAUGUUUACACGGGAAACGCAUCUUUCUGGCUGAUUUAUCUAUUUCAUGAACGGAAAAAAGACUACAUUACAACAGGCUUUUUGUGUCUUUGGUACAUAGAAGCAUUGCCAACCUCUUUGUUUUGUAAUGUAUCAGUACUGUGGAGAAUUUGAAUUGAUUUUUUUUCUUUUUUUAAUGUUUGAUAUGAAUCCUGAUUGUUUAUUUUAAUUUUUCUCUGCUGCACAAAGGUCAAGUGUUGCUUUAAAAUAAUGCUCAAGAGCCAGUAUUGGCCAAUCAAAAAGCCAGUACAGUGAGAUCUAUCAUGCCUUCAUACAGUAUUCUGUACAUACUGUGUGUAUUUUGUUGUGAUUUGAAGCAACACCUGCGACUGGGAGACCGAACUGUGGUGUCCUACUUCCCAAUUGUAAUUCUCAGUCAAACCCAGAAUCUGAAAAAUACAUGAGCAGAGAGCAACAUUUCUUAGCAGCUGCUAUCACACACAGCCUUUUGGUGCAGUGACACAAACACUACCUGUUACAAGGUAGUCAGCCAAUGCACAGUAGAUUAUACAAGUGCUACUAUCUACUAGUACUCUUUGUCUUUUUUACCAAUUCAACUUUACAAUUUUCUUGCUACUUUCAAGCUAAGAAAAGGCAGAAUCGAUCAGAAAUUAAUACAAAAAUUUAAAGAUUCUAUUACGAUUGAUAAAGAAAUACAAUUGGGCUCUGGGUGACAACGCUUGGCCUUUCUGUUGUGACUCCUCAGUAUUUUGAUGUCCGGGUGAUCUCUGUGAGAUCGUGGCAGUAAUGUUUUCACAUUGAAAAGUCAUCAGCUGAUCUUGAAAUGCUGAAGCUGUGCAUGUAUGAUAUUGUUUGGUGCAUUUGUGUUUUCUAAAUGAGGGACUUAAUAAAAACAAUUCACUGAG